AUGCGCGGCAGUGGGUUGAGCAUCGAGCGGUUCAUCAAGGGCAAGGCGCAGCGGACCAAGAGCGAUGCCAACAGCAAGAAGAAGGUCAUCAUCCACAAGGCGCAGCGGCAGCGGCGGUAUGCAAAGGUGAAGAAACGCGAAGGCAGCGCGUCGACAAGUGAUGUCGGAGACAGCGCCACUGGGUCGUCGUUUUACGAUCGGUUUUUUCGCGAGCUCAAGAGCGGUGAUGCAGACGAGGGUGUAGGAGAAGACGAGGAGGUGGAAGCUCGCGUUGAUCGGCGGCAAGAGACCCGCGACGAGAAAAAGCAGCACACGGCACGACCCGACCCUUUCUUCAAAGCCAAGAAGAAGGUGGCAAUCGCAAAGAUUGAGAAGCAAAGAGCUCGCGACGACAAGCAGAAGCGGACAGUAGCUGCCGAGAAGAAGGUCACGCAGCGCAAAAAGCGCCAUGUCAAGUUGAGUCAGCGCACGGCGACGGGGCAACCCAUUGUGAAGAACCACAUCAACGACAUUUUGUCACGUCUGCAAGCAGAGAAACAGCGAGAGAGUAAGCAGUGA